AUGAUGCACCACGGCCGCUCGCUCCGCGCGAUGGCCGCGACCGCGCGCCGCCCGCAUGGCCUCUUCCGCUGCAUGAGCGUGCAGGCCGAUGACUUGAAGCGCGUCUGCAUCGUUGGCUCGGGCCCCGCCGGCUUUUACACGGCCAAGUACCUCUUGAAGGAGCAUGCUGGCGUGCACAUCGACAUGCUCGAAGCGCUCCCGACGCCCUAUGGCCUCGUGCGCUCGGGCGUCGCGCCGGACCAUCCCGAAGUGAAGAACGUCAUGAACGACUUCAACGACGUGGCCUCGAACCCGCGCUUUACGUUCCUCGGCAACGUGCGCGUCGGCGCCGAUGUCUCGGUCGAUGCGCUCAAGCCGUACUACAACGCGGUCGUGCUCGCGUCCGGCGCGUCCGACGACCGCAAACUCAACAUCCCCGGCGAAGACCUCACCGGUGUCAUGGCGGCGCGGUCGUUUGUCAACUGGUACAACGGCCACCCGUCGUUCCGUGACCUGGACGUGCCCUUAAACGGUGACACGGCCGUCGUCAUCGGCCAAGGCAACGUCGCCGUCGACUGCGCGCGCAUUUUGUCAAAGUCGCCGGCCGAGCUCGCGUCGACCGACAUUUCCCAGCAUGCGCUCGAUGCGCUUGCAGCCAAAGGCAUCAAGAAGGUGCUGCUCGUCGGUCGUCGCGGCGUCGCCCAGGCAGCGUUCACGAUGAAGGAGCUCCGCGAGAUCACGCGUCUCGAAGAUGCAGCGUGCGUCGUCGACCCCAUCGAGCUCAACGCCGGCCUCAAUCCAUCGUCGCUCCAGGAGAUUGAAGAGACGCGUGCGCAGAAGCGCAUCUACCAGCUUCUCAGCACCGUGGCCAAGGAGCACACGGUGCAUGCGGCGCGCGACCGCCAGAUCCAAGUCCGGUUCCUCCUCUCGCCCGUUGCCUUCCUCCCCGACGCCAACGACCCGACGCGCGUCGGCGCCAUCAAGGUCGAAGUCAACGCGCUCGACGGUGACGCGUACAAGCAGCGUGCGACUGGAACGGGCGCGUUUGAAGUCAUUCCGUGCGGCCUCGUCCUGCGCAGCAUCGGGUACAAGUCGCAGCCGCUCGAAAAUGUCCCGUUCGACACGAAGCGCAACGUGCUCUCCAACAUCUCGGGACGCAUCGUGGAUGUCGCGACGCAAGCGCCGGUCCUCGGACUCUACUGCGCCGGCUGGGUCAAGCGCGGCCCGUCCGGCAUCAUUGGCACCAACAUCAACGACGCCCGGGACACAGUUGCGAGCCUGAUGGCCGACGCACCGACGCUGCCGGCGCCGACCAAGCCCGCGGACGAGCUGCAUGCGACGCUCGCCGCCACCACCCGCGUCGUGACGUGGGCCGACUACGCCCGGAUUGAAGCCGCGGAAGAAGCCGCGGGCGCGGCGGUCGGCAAGCCCCGGGAAAAGUUCACGUCGGUCGCCGACAUGCUGGCCGUGCUCGCGUAG